UUCAGUUUCCAAACUUAAAGAAAUAAGACUAAAUCCAACGACCACAUGGUGAAGCCUAAAGGUACAGGAGAGCGGCUAAGGAGAAGGCGGGGCCCAAGAGCUCAAAACAACCUGAAGGAUCCAUGGGGUGGGAUAUCCAGGCCCCCUCCAUUCUCGUAUUUUAUUACCCGCCCCGUGUUAAGCUGUAGCUCAACGGCCUCACACAAGCGACGGUCGACGUCGGAACUACGGUCACGCGUGGUGUCAGCUAUGGAAAACUACGAAGAUGACGAAGACACACACUUUUGUAACAAAUGUCACUCGAACGUCAAUGGUUUAGAAAACUACGUGCAACAUCGACAAUCUGGAUGUCAAACUAUUAAGAAUAAUAAGAAUAGAGUUUAUCACUCUCCAGUAUCAACUACUAGUAUAUCAUAUCCAGAGAUUCUCAAUGCUGAUGCAUUUUUCAGCUCCCUUGAAUUACAAAGUAGUGCCAAAUGUCAUCCACGUAGAGCUAAUGAUCUAUUAUAUGGUCGUAUUAAAAAAUCUAGUCGUUCUGAGGAACAUAAAAAGAAAAAACGAAAAAAUAAAAAUCUAGAAGAUAAAGAUGAGAGUAAAGAAAAACUAGUAAACUUACUAACAGUUGUUACUGACCUAGAUGAUCUUGGCAUACCCUCGCUAGUGGGCUUUCCCGAGAUUGUUGCAAGUACAUCUUCCUCUGUAAGCAAGCCCAGUAUUUCUAAUGUCUUGAUAUCCAGCAAAGAAGAUACCCGUAGCAGUGCUAAUUCAAAAACUGAAUAUCCAGUCUAUUUUAAUAAACAUGAAACAAUUAUUACCAAUCAGAAACGUAACCAAGUUGAGACUAAUAAAAUAAACCAACAUCAACAUCAUUCAGUCUGGUUAGAGGAUACGAUACUUACUGAUCUCGUAGCUAACAAUGAAAAUGAAAACAAGGAUGAUUUAGAUGAGGGACAUAUGAACAGAUAUGCCGAAUAUGACUACCAUCAGGAUGAUGGUUUAGAUGAUGAUAGUUUAAAUAUGGAUAUGGUUGAAGAGGAUUUGUACAUGGAUUCUGAAGAUACUGAAAAUCAUGAUACUCACUAUCCGCCACAGAAUCAUACUGGAGGAAAAUGGAAACCAAUGGGUAUUGUGCAUGAGGAAAUAAUAAACGAAGAUGAUGCAGAAAUAGAUGAGCGUGAACAUUAUGAUCGAGAACAUCCACCUCCAAACCAUACAGGCGGAAAGUGGAAACCAAAUGAAAUUAAUCCUCAGAAAUGUAACGAAUUCGAUAGUAAAAACGUUCUGAGUCUACCGCCGCCAAAUCACACGCGCGGCAAAUGGGUUCCAGGAGCACGAACCGAUAUCAACAAGGGAUAUUGGUGCAGUCCAUGUGGUCGGAAGUUAGCGUCCCAGUUAGUUUACAAUCGCCACCUGCUGUCUGGUCUGCACGCCAGAAGAAGCAUUCAAGAAAUCAAUGGUGCCGUACAAAUGCCGAGAGGCUCCACACCAUAUAUGCAUCGGAAGAAUCUCAGUCAACGUCAAAAAAUCGUAAUUUCAGUAAAUGAUACCUUUUUACCCUUAACCGAAAUUGUCUGUUCACAGAAACAAAGCAGCAAUGUUAGCGGCGUGGCAAGCGAGUCAAUGCCGGUGAUGGGGGCGGCGUCCCACCAUCAGAUACAAAAGAAGAGGCUGCGAAGUCGCGAGAAGGAGGUCCUUUCGUGCGAAAUGUGCCAUGCUCGUGUGCGCAAGGCGCAGAUGGGCAAGCACCUCCUCUCGUAUUAUCAUUGUCGCGUCGCAGGUGCGAAUCCGAGCAGCAUGAAAGCACGCCGCUUCCUUUUGGAGAACAUGGCGAACAUCGUGCGCCAGUGUCCUUUUCAAUGUGCCUCGUGUCGUUUUUAUUGCAACACGGAGGAUACUUUCUUAAGGCAUUGGAGAUCUGAUGCACACAAAGGCACAAUUUCAAAGAUUGCGGGAAGUUUCAUAUGUGUAUUAUGCAACUUCUGGUGCGAUGAUAAUAAAAGCGUAGAGUCGCAUAUAACCAAGCAAGGGCAUCAAAAUGUUGUUUCAAUGAUAAAUGGAUCGGUACCAAUAAUCAUACGUUGUCAGAGGAUUCUUAUGUGCUCAACCUGUUGUCGUCGAUUUAGGUACAACAUACAGUUACGGUUUCACGCCAAGGACACUGGGCAUGAGGUCGAUCAUUCCGCUUCAGAUGAGUAUCAGUGCAGAUUAACUUGCAAUGUCUGCGGGCAAGUCGUGCGUUCCUUGAUCUCAUUGCAGCGUCACCAACUUGCCUUACACAAGCCAGCAAAGGAAGGGGUUAAUAUUGCAUCUCCUUACUUUUGUUCCUUCUGUUUACUCAAGUUCAGAACUGCACGUCAAGCAGUACUUCAUCGGCGAACUUCUAGUCACAAGGAGACAGUUAAACGAAGAAAAGCAGGAGAUGUGCCGAAGAGUUUUAUACAAUGCCCACACUGCAAGGAGACACAUUCCGAGCUUGUCGAGCACAAAUAUCAUUUGCUCUCUAAGCAUCCCGAAUUAUGCCACAGAUGUCUGAAGUGUGGAAAGCACUUUGCCCUUUCGCAAGAUGUGACGAAGCAUACACGAGAAAAUCAAUGUUCUCGUGACGAAAAAAGUCUUUAUAAAAAUUCAAAUACUAAUAAUUGGAAAUGUCCAAUAUGUCAAUUCACGAGCGAUUCUGAAGCUGAGUAUUUGUUCCAUAAAGCGCUUCACGAAGGAUUAGUAAAGUGCGACUCCCUCGUUGUAGAAUACGGUUCCACUUCAACGCACAAGUUUCGCUGUCCACUCUGUCAAAAUGUUUUUAGCAAAUCGACACUUCGCGAUCAUAUAAGAAGACACACAGGUGAACGACCUUUUCGUUGUGAUAAAUGCAUUGCCACUUUCAUGCGAAGAUCAGCUGCAAGAGUUCAUCAAAAGGAUUGCAAUGGACAGACAACUACGAUGAAUUCGCGCAUAGAGAUCAUUCAAGAGAGGAAGUACAUUUGUAGCGAGUGCAGCAGUGCUUUUCAUACCAAGCAUACUUUACGGCAGCAUAUGUUACGGCAUGCCGGAAAACAAUACAAAUGUGGACUUCCUGGCUGUCCAACAAUUCUUCGUACUGAGACUGAAUUAAAAAAUCAUCGUAAACUUGUUCACGAAACUUCAAAUUCUAACCGAGACUUUCGAUGCAACGAUUGUUCUUACGCUGCAAAAACUAAAAAUCAACUUUCUAGACAUCAGAAGAGGCAUCAGAAUGUACAUACAGAAAGCAAUACACGGCAAUACUCAUGUCAAUAUAUUAAUUGUAAUUUUCAAACAAUAAUUAAUUCUCAUUUGAAGCGCCAUAAUCGUUUACAUACUGGAAAAAAACCAUACAAGUGUCGUCAUUGCACUUAUGCAAGUAAUAAUUUGGAAAAUCUUCGAAAACAUGUUUUAUCAACAAAUUUGCAUCCGGGUAAAAUGGUAUACCAGUGCAAAUCAUGCAAAAGCGAUGAAAUGUUUCAAACAAACUUUUCAAAGGAACUUCGAGCACAUUUACUUCAAGUUCAUUCAAAUGAAUACCUGACACCUAAUGAUGCGAGUAAUUACAUAGCAACUAUUUUUUAUGAACGUGAAGAUACAGAGACUAGUAAUACAACAUAACUAUAUAAUGAAAUUAUAUACUAUUCUUAAGCAAUUUUUUUCGGAAUAGAAUUUUAUAUUUAAACAAUUUAAAUACUGAAAAAUAUAACCUUUUGUUCAGCAUCAUAAUUGAUACAACUAUAAAUAAUAUAUUUUUAUAAAGGCACAUGAAAACGAAAUGCAAGAAACUUUGAAAUACGACAUUAAAUGCCAUGUAGCUAACGAUAAAUAUUGGUAUAAAAAACAUAGACUACGGUUAGAGGACGAGAAUGACAACAACUAUCCUAUCCAAUAAAAAGUCAAUAAACAGUC